AGAAGAAGUACAUGUCAGCCCUCAGGUUUUACGACAAGAAACAAAGGUCAUUUGCUGUGCUGGCUGCAUCGCAGUGCCAAGUGAACUUAACUUCCUCUAAGUGCCUCUAGAAGUACAGGGUAAGAUAAUGGAGAGUUACCGACAACCUCUUCUUGUGCUGUGGUUGACUGCAGUGGUAGCGAUGAAUAUACAUGGAAGUAAUGCUGAGGCUGUGGGAGACGACAUCCUGCAGGUGAAGAACUUCACCAGCAAGCUCCAAGUCAUUCCUCAUAAUGACAACAGCUCCAAUGUUACUAAACUGGUGAUUGAGGACAGCCUGAUCACUCUGAGUGACGAUGACAGACUGGCCCUGGCUACUUAUCCUACACUGGUAGAGCUCCACCUGGAUGAUAACCAGGUGACCAGUAUACCAGCCAAAUACUUCUCUGUGGUACCAAACCUCAGAGUGCUGUCGCUGACCAGGAACAAAAUCAGCAGCCUGGACCCAGAGUCUUUCUCUGGCCUAGAUGUCCUCACUGAGCUGGACCUGUCCCACAACCUGCUGGCCAGUGUCCCUUCACAGCUAUUCAGACAGCUGAAAAAUCUACAGGUGAUGAACCUACAAGACAACCCCUGGAAUUGUUCCUGUCUGCUGCUGAGCAGUAUUGAGGAGAUCAAAGCAGCUGGAGUUACCACAGGGGGGCAACAAGUCACCUGUGCUUCUCCAGAGAAGCAGGCUGGGACGGAUCUUUUGCAGGCUACAGCCAUGUGUUACCCAUCAUCACCCCCACCUAUCGACACUACAGACCCACAAACAUCCACAAAACCAGUCACCCCUCAACAGUCUUGGGGCUCAUCUACUGUGCUGAAGACCAUUUUGACAUCAAGCCAGAACCGCAACAUCAACAUAGACCAGACACCUGUGCUCAGCAACACAUGGAAGUUCACGGCAUGUGUUAUGGCCUUGGCACUAUGCACCUCAAUGCUCAUCGCAUGUGGCAUGAAGGGCCCCUCCUGGUACAAGCUUUUCCAGAACUACCGUCAUCGGCGACUGCGCCAAGAAGAGGACGAGGAGGACACCGCGUCGACAGUCUUCUCAGAGACAGGGAGACACAUGACCCAUCAGACAUUCACCUUUGAGCAAGAGGAUGGGCAGAUAGAGGAGGAAGAGGAAGAUGAGUAUUUUGAGGAUCCAUACAUCAGAAGGGAAGGAGACUUAGGAGAACCAUGACAGAGCAAACAGCAGCUGGUGAGCAAGUGACAAGGCGAGGAGGGGCAACGAGGCAAUCGUCACAAGAGGAAAAUUUGUCACUUGUGUACUUUAAAUAGGUGCUAAAUGUAGGACUGCUGUGUGGCACCUAAUGAACAUUGCCUUGAGAUGGGAUAUGUAUAGUACACAUCACCUUAGGUGGAUACCCUGAGGAUGAAUAAAAUCAUUUCACUACUGAUGUUCUAAGCACUGGUUAGUGUUACCAUUCCAGGGGUCACCAAACUCUGACCUGUAUCUGUGGCUCCUUCUGUAAUAUUUUUGUAUUGUUUCUAUUGUAACGUUUGAGCUCUUGUUAAGCUAAACCUGACUCAGAUUACAGGAAUUUUGGGCUGACUGAUCCUCGAUCUACCCCACCUGACAACUGGAGGAGAAAUCCGGUCUGGGACCUUAAACAGUAUCAGUGUUGAGCCCAGAUUACCUGUUAAUGUGAGAGGUUUACAGAUCCAGUCUUAAACCACCUGAUUAUUUCAAACAUGUUUGAUAAUUGGCACAAAGCAGCUCACGGUGUUGCUAAGCAACAUUUUAAGCACAGUUGAGACCGAAGAUUCGCAAUGAGAGAAAACUGAGUUAUAACGCUGCAGGGAAAAGUUGCCAUGGUGUGAACUGGCCGGUCUAAACUUGACUCAAGCUGGACACUGAGCUGGUCAAACAGCCAGCGGCUGGUUUUAGAACGUAAAGCACGUCACCUGUUUUGACAGCCAAUCUGCCUGUAUUAAAGUCCACUGGUCAAGUCAAAUUGACCGCAGAUUGCGUGUUUGCUUGCUGCGACAGGUGCUCCAUCCCCGCUGAGCCCCUGUUUCCGUCCUCACAGUGUGCCGGUGUCAGACGGUGGGUCGCUGCUGCUGCUUGCUGUAUGUGCUAAUGCCCCCACCUCACACAUACACAUUUUCACUGACUGAUUAAUUGGUGCUGGUUAUUUAUACCAUGUGGCGUAUUCAUUAUGAAUACAGUCCAUCUGAUGCUGGUUUUGUUUCAUCACUGUAGCCAGUAUCUCACUAUCACUAUCCUCAUUUAUAUUUGAAGAAGCUACAAAUUAUAUUCAGCCACAAAAUAAGCUCUGAAAAGCUGGAAACAGAAGUACAGAGAGUUGUUGACUAGAGAUGACACACCGUCUCAUCUAGUUGCAUUGGUCUGAGGUUUUAGAAUGUUACAGAACGGCGCACUGCAAGUAGCUGUUUGUUUCAACUCAUCUCACCAUGAAUCUGUGGUCUGAACUGAGCUUUAGAGCUUAUGCUACUGUUGACUGAUUUUAAAAGUGAUAGUUAAAAUCUAACUUUGCUAAAGAAUAAACAACCUGCAUUAACAGUGUCUCCCCAACCGUUUUCUCUUCCAGAUCUGUUUAGCCUUCUGCUUUUGUUUUUCUUCAUGCAAAGCAAUAUUACAGCAAGUUCUUGCUGGCGGUGCGUUCAUGCUCCCUUGUAUGGUGUGUCUGUUGUUCAAAUGUGAAAUACAGCUAACAUUCCAGAAAGACAUGAGCUUGACAUGAAAAUGAUCAAUAUCCUAAAUCAAUCAUUGAUGACACCAAUGCAAACAUUAAAACCUUUUAAAAGUCAAUAAACAUGUUUUUUAUGCU